AAUCGUUCUACAAACUUCAGCAAAGGGGAGGAACUUCUUCUAUUGCAAGAAAUAGAGAAAUAUAAAAGUAUAGUGGAAUGUCAGGCCACAAACAAAGUAAACAGUAAAGAAAAGGAAGAAGCAUGGCAAAAAAUUUUGUCUAAUUUUAAUUCUAAAAAUUUGGAAUUCCGUACGGUUGGCCAAAUUAAAAAUAAAUAUGAUAAUUUCAAAACAAGAUCCAGAAAAAUAGUAGCAAGUGAGAAGACCUAUUUAAGAGGCACUGGUGGUGGUCCACCAAUAAAAACAGUGGCGGAUCCUGUAGUUGAGGCAACACUUAACAUUAUUAAUGGCAAAACAGUGGUGGGUCACAUCACCAUGAUAGAUAGUGAUGAAACGAUCCCAUGGGAAAACAUUCCUAGUACUAGUAUCGCGCAUAAGGGUUAA